AUGUAUCACAUAACAGAACUUUAUUUGGCAGAGAAGGAAAGACCAAACCAAAAGAAGGAUGUUAUACAGGAAGUGAGGUCAUCUACUGAGGAAGAUCCAGGUUUAAAUGAGACAGAUCGAACAACACACUCUGUUGAAGGAACUCUACACUGCAUUAUUGAAGAUAAGGAAUGCCAGGAUCUCAUGGAAGCUUAUUGUGAAAAAUAUUUAAAGCAAAUAAGAAUUAUCUACUACAAUAUGACAGACGAACGAAUCAAACCUCAUAAAAAAGGAUGUUUCAUUCUUAAAUCUAAGGAGGAAAGACUUGGAGACACUUUUAUAAACACGUUUAAAAAGUGCAACCAUAUAUCAGAUGAGCAAUCACUCUUGCUAAUAGUGUUAAAUAAGACGGGGAAAAAGAUCCACCUACCACCUACUGAAGAAAUUUCUAUAAAAUUAAAAACACAGAUACUUUUUAAGAGAGGGAGAAUAUUUGAGUCUGACACGAAUAUAGCAGCAGUUAGCGAUAUAAAACAAUUUGUCCAAGGACGCAAGGGGGAUGUUUAAGCAGUUGCCAGGAACAUAUUAAUGAUCAUUAAUU